GUAAGAGCUUGGCAGCAGACUCAUCACUCGUUGCUCUGGGAACAAGAACUGCGCAGACUUCCAUCUACUGUCAGCUCCAGUUUUCGCUUCUUUUUCAAGCAGCAGGCGGGAUGUCGGUCACCAUGAGCCGCGCCGACGGCGUGGCCACGUUCACGCUGACCUCUGACCCCCAGAGCCGCUGGCCCCCGCUGUGCCAGAUCUUGAAGAGCCUGUGCUACAGCCCCGUGUGCUGCUCGGUGUCGCGGCAGCUGGGGCGGGUCCAGAGGACGUCGUCGUCCGUCCUCGGGACGCUGCACAUCAUGACGGGGCUGAUCAGCAUGGGCCUCAGCGCCAUCAUCUCGUGCACCCGCGCCGGCUCCUGGUACCGCUCACAGAUGGACCGCACCAACUUCCCCUACUGGCUGGGGGCUCUGUUCAUUCUGUUCGGCAUCUCGUGCAUCCUGUCGGAGAAGUACCCGAGUCCAUGUCUGGUGAUCCUCAACACGACUCUGAACCUGGCGGGCGUCGCCUUCGCCAUCGCCGCCAUCGUGCUCUACAGCAUCAACAUGUCUCAGUUGGACGUCAGGAUCUGGUGUGACCAGCGCUACUACUUUGGUCCCACGAGCCCGACCCUGUCCGAGGACGAGCAGCACCUCAGGGACCAGUGUCUGGAGGGCCGGCAGCUGAUCCAAAUGCUGCUGCGCGGCAUCAACGGCGUGCUGAUCGUCCUGUCGGUGCUGGAGCUCUGCGUCGUCUUCAGCUCGGCCGUGGUGGGGAUCAAGGCCCUGAGGAACUCCGGGACCAAGGACCAAGACCAGGACGCUAGAGACGUUGAACUGUACAAGCCGCUGCUGGAGGAGGUCACCGCCAAGCCUGACGCCUGAGCGUCUUCAGGAGUCUGUACUACUUCUGGAGUCUCUUUUUAAGAGAGAUUUAAAAUAAACGCACCUCUACUUUCAAAUGCACUUAUUUCCACCCCGAACCCGGGGCUUUAAUGUCCUUUUGUUUUAAUUCUAUUUUACUACCAAAGUCAAAGUUGUGUAUGUGUGAUGUUUUGUGAUGGCCAGAGCUAUUUCACCGGUAAAAUGUCCCUAAAUAAAGGCAUUGAAACCAAA